ACCUGAGUCACUCAUUUGUUUUGUUGUUUACCGCAUUGACAAUAUGAGAAUAUAUUGUCAUUGUAAAAUAUAAUAUAUUCAUAUUGUUUUUCGUAAUUAUAAAUCUUUGAUUAAAUCAGCUAAAAUGGAUAUUUCAAAAGUAUCGAAUGAGCGUAAACUAUAUUUAUGCCGAUGGUAUUUUCGAGCUGGUUUUGCAAUACUUCCUUUUGUUUGGGCAAUCAAUUCUAUAUGGUUUUUUGAUGAUGCCUUUAAGAAGAGUUAUUUUGAGCAACAAAAAGACAUAAGAAAAUAUGUCAUUUAUUCUGCAAUUGGAACCUUUAUUUGGAUUGCUUUGUUGUCAGCUUGGGUAACAGUAUUUCAACUAAAACGAGCAUCUUGGGAAGACUCAGGUGAUCUUCUUUCUUUCAUAAUACCAUUAGGAUUUGCUUAACAACAAAGCAUAUACAUACAGUACAUACACAUGAGAAAUGGUUCCCAAAAUUAAUAACAUACAUGCAAGACCAUUGACUGUCUUAAAAAGAUGUUGGCCCAUGAAUAUUGACCCAUAAAAAUCUUAGAUAAGAUAAUUCUGCAUUAUUCAGAUGUGUACAGCAUAUAGAGGACCCAAUUCAUGUUUCGAAUAUAAUUUCAGGCA